UUAUAGAGUUGAAAUAGAUGCAAAAAUAGCAUCAGGUUAUUUUACAAGUGGUGAGGCUUUGAAUGAAAAUCAACUUGCUCAAGUCAAAGGUCGUAGUUGGGAGGAUAUUGAGCAUUAAUGGGAGAUUUAUGAUUGGUUCUCUUUUUUUUUUAUACAUUUAUAAUUUGUCAGAAUAACAUAUUUAAAAUAGUCUUCUCUCAUUCUUUUUUUUUUCUUUUUCCUUUCACCCUAUUUAAUUUAAUUUAAUUUACUCUUAUGACUGCAAAAACAAAUAAAGAACAAGAUAAACCAACUGCAAUUGUUGAACGCUUAUCGAGGGAACAAAUAACAGCUGCUGUUGAAUAUUUUAUGACAGAGGAUGAUUUGACGCAUCCUGUAUUAUACCGUUACAAGAGAAAUACAAUACCCUGUAAAUAUUUUCAUCAGCCAAUAUACAAUAAACAUACUCCCAAUGCAACUAUGAAUCAAAUGAAUCAUACAGACUGGGAUCUUUAUCCUAGUCUCAUGCGCAAUAUUGAAAAUGAAGGUUCCGCUGAGCAAGUCAGAAAGCUACAUGAAAUGGAAUCCAAUAAAUAAAUAAAUAAAUAUUGUUUACCCCACUACUGCCACCUCCCUCUUCUUCCUCCUUUUUAUAC